CAACUUCUAAUAUGGCGCGAAAAUUGAUACCCUUCUCCUUUCCCGAUUUAGGGUUUUGAUUGAAUUUUGAACAUAAUUAUUCCGAAAAGAUCAUCAGAACAUCCAUGAACAAGAAUCAGUAGCAACAAUGUCGAUUUUUUCUGAGCAGUUAGAUCAAAUUAAAACCCUAAAUAUCUCAUCUUCAAAAUCAGAAAAGUCACUUGCUUACUCAACUCUUCAGCAUCUUCAAGAGCUGGCGAGCAACGAUGAUUCGUUAAUUCAACUUCUUGCUGAUUUCAAUGACUUUAUCCUUUCUUCGAUAAUCGCUGACAUUCGAGUUAACGAUGCGGAUGAAGAAAUUGUUUCACUGGCGUUGAAGUGUUUGGGCUUCAUAAUUUACCAUCCUUCCCUCGUUGUAGCGGUUUCGAAGGAAUACGUAGAUCAAGUGCUAGAGUCAUUGGCUAGACUGAUAGUAACAACGAAAAUUAAGGUGGUUUGCAAUCUAGGUGUGUGGUGUAUAUCAAUCCAGCAGCUAGAUGCUUCAUAUUUAGAUUCUCACUUUGAUUCCUUGUUGAGGGCUAUUGUUCAUUCCCUUGACAAUCCUGUUGGUUCGUUAUCUACAACAUUUGAAGCUAUUCAGGCUGUCACAAAGUUGGCAACUCAGAUAAGUGAAAAAAUGAGAGAUUCAUCGAACUUAUGGGCUCCUUGUAUAUAUAGAAGACUCCUUAGUGCCGAUAAGAGAGAGAGGGAUAUGUGCCAAAGAUGUUUAUUGAAGAUCAAAUGUCUAAUUGUUCCUCCACAAUUGUCUCUCUCAAAGGCCAUUGCUCAGGACAUGAAGCUAAGGCUACUUCCUGAGAUGGAGGAAAUGCUGAAACAUGGUAAGAAACUUCAGGCUCUCCAAGCAUGGGGAUGGUUUAUCCGUAUUCUUGGACAUUAUUCCCUGAAGAGUAGGAGUUUGGUUAAUAAAUUGCUGAAACUCCCUGAGCAAACCUUUUCAGAUCCAGAUCCCCAAGUCCAGAUUGCCACACAGGUAGCAUGGGAAGGUCUAAUAGAUGCACUUAUUUUUCUUCCUUCAAAAGUUUGUGGUGAUACUUCACAAGUUACUGCAAGAAGUUUAAAGCUCAUUAUGACACCAGUAAUUGGAAUCAUGACAAGCAAAACUGGUAUUUCUGUUCAAUCAUCUUGCCUAAACACUUGGUGCUAUCUGUUACACAAGCUUGAUAGCCGAGUAAAUGAUCCUCAGAUACUAGGUAUGGUUGUGGAACCUGUGUUUAAGAUAGUUUUCAACAUUGGACUUGAGGACGAGAACAUGUGGAGGUGGAGGUUCUGCAUGGAUUUGUUUCAUAAUUUCAUUCAAUCAAAAACUGGAAGUUGUGGAUUACGUACCCAGGUUAACAGUAAAAUAUCACCCGUAACAACUGAUAAUGUAAGUCGUUUAUCGGAAGAAUCUACAUUAAAGAAUUACUUUAUUAGAUGGUUGCCUUGGGACUAUAGUCAGAUGGAUUUUCUUGUGAGAAUGAUACAGAUGAUUUUCUGUCAAGCAGCAAAAGUAACUUUGUGCCCUGAAAUUAAGAGGCUGGUUUGUGAUAAUGCAUUGAAGAUUUUCCGUUUCUUCUUGAAAGGUGUUCAAAUAGAUUUUACGAAAUCUUCAACUAAUUAUGACACUGUUAUGCAGUCCAUAAAUGGCAUUCUGGUGUUUUUAAAGACAGUAUGUGACACUGCUUUAUGUGUGGAUGACGCAACACAUGACUUUCAACUUGCUUGCUUGCGGACUUUAGAGGCUGUAACUCAGGAGCUUGAUCCGUCUAUUUUGGGCUCCCCUCUUUACAAGGUUCCCUUAGACACGAAGUAUUUUUGUACAGGUGAAGUUGGAUGCAAAAUGCUGAUAGGAAUUUGCCCCAUUAAGUUUAUGGAUAUGGUUUCACCAGUAAUUUAUUUAACUUUUCAUCACUUUUAUUUGGUGGUUCAAUUUAGCUAUAAAAUUGCCAGCGUUGGGUCCAGUAUACAGGAAGCAUAUAAUUAUUUUAGUCGUGUACUAUCUUCGUAUGAUUCUCUUGAAGUGAUCCAUGCCAUUGUUGGUUUGUUGUAUGAUGGUGGUGAUCAUAACUCUUUGAGGGUUUGGAUUACAGUUGCCCAGUGUUUGAAGGAAUAUGUAGAUGGUGCCAAGGAUCUCGUGCCAUUCGCAGCUCAGCCUGGUAAUACUGGUCGUCUUACCUUGUGCUACUUCUUGCUUUAUCCAUUUGUUGUCUGUACCUCUCAGAAACCAGUAAGCACCCAAAAGCCGUUCAGCUCCCUUAUAGCUUCUUCAUUUUACUCAGAGAACAUUUCUCACGUUACAGAAGUGUGGAUCUCACUUUAUUGCAUAUUGAAUUCUACUAACCUGCAAGAAAAUCAAAAUAAGAAUAGUUUUGCAGAAGAUAUUUGUUCAUCUUUGAAUGGCUUCCUCCUUCAAAAAAGUGACACGGGGGAGGUUGUCACUGAGGUUAAUCAUCGUGAUAACAGCCAGGAGCACCAUUUUCUCUCUCUCUGUGGGAUUGUAGCCGAGUGUAUUUUAAAGAAUUUGCAUAUAGAAAAGGUUGCUCCUGAAGCAAUUAAGUGUGGUUAUGCAGAAUCCAGUGGCAUUAACAACUGCUUGGAGUUCAUAGCCAGGCUUAUGAAUCUCGCGACCACAAAUAAUGAAGCACCAGAACAUGUAAUUUCAAGGAUACUUCCUCCUUUGACACGCUUAGUCAGUUGCCUUCAGUGGAAGGAAGAUAUUAUUUCCGUGUUUAAGGUUCUAUGUGAUCCACUGCUGCCUUUGCUGUCGGACUCUGCAACAAACUGUGAAAGCAUCAAAGAUCAUCUGCAAAUCUUGUGGAAAGAAAUUAUUAGAAGUUUGCUACGUAGUUGGCCAACAAUUGUAUUUGACUCCACCUUCCUUGAGCUUCAAGCACCUCUACUCGAAAAAGCACUCGACCACCCUAAUCCUUCCAUAUCAGACCCCACAAUCAACUUUUGGAACUCUGCUUACGGAGAUGAAGCCCAUUUAGAUUUUCCCCCAUGUUUGCUCCGUGUUUUGGACAAGCUAUUGCGAGUUGGAAAGCUAAAGAUCCGAAACAGAAGAGCACCAGCAGUAGAGAAAAAUAGUCCGAGUUUAGAGGUUAACACUUCUGUUCCGAAGCCCAAAGUAACAGCUACGUUAAAUAUGUGCUCAAAACGAGUAAAGCUUUUGGAAAAUGUAAUGGAUGGUUCUUCUUGUAAGAGCAAGCUGCCUCCAUGCCCGAAAAGAAAGAGGUCAGAGCUCACUGAACGUCAGAAGGAAGUGAGAAGGGCACAACAAGGGAAACUGAGAGAUUGUAGUGGGCAUGGUGCUGGAGUUCGAACGUAUACCACUGCUGAUUUUUCUCAAGGUAGCCAGGAUGAUUCACAAGAUAGUCAGGACAUUCGUGAUCCUUACUUGAUUUUGAAUAUGCUUAGAAGAACCAGUUGAUUGUGGAAUGUCACAUUGUAAACUAGUCUUGUGUUACUUGUGUAUAUUUGUGUAAAUAUUGUAACACGAGUUUUACUUUUGUUGUUUCAAUACUUUCCUAAGAGGAACACAUAAUUCUUCUGCAUGAAAACGGAAGACUAUCUCUGCACCAGUUGGACCAAUGAGGUUUUGGCAUAGUGGUUAAGACCGAGAUCCUGUGUAUGAAAGGUCUCGUGUUCAAAUCUCCCUUUUGUAAUUAUAUUGCCCUUAAUUUGUUACUCAUUCACACCAAAAA